GUGAUAAAGUUGAUUCGUACAAUAAGUGGAAGAAGUUGAAAGAGGCUAAGAAGGCAAAGGAAAAAGCAGCUGCUUCUAGGAAAGCUGCUUCGGAACAACAAGCCCGAGAAGAGCAUCGGAUGAAAGUGGAAAAAGCUUAUAAAGAAUGGAAAGACGCGGCUGACUUGGCGUACAAAUCGGAGCAAGAAAAGCAGAGAGAAAAGGCCAAGUUGGAUGCUCUUGCCAAGAAACAGGAAGAAGAGCGCAAAAAGAUAAAUUGCAAAAAAGCGUUUGAAGCUUGGAAGGCUGAAAAGGCAGUGAAACAGAAGAAACCCGUGGCAAGCUCUGGGACAGAGAAUUUGAACAUUCCUGAAGACAAUGUCAUGGAUUCUGAAGAACUCGGGCAGCUCAAACGCGUUGAUGCAAAUCCAGAAAAGGCCUUCACCGUGUGGUUGAGCAAGAAAAAUCGUCAAAGAGCCGAGCACAUAAAACGCACACGGAUCCGUCAAGCGAAACUAGAAAGGACUGCGAGAAAUCAAUACAACCUUGCCAAGGACGCCUAUCACGCUUGGAUCUUAUCCCUGGAUUUCCGCGAGGAAAUGGACCAGGAAGUUGAAGAGAAAAUGCGAGAAUUGGCGCUCGAAAGACCGCCUUGGGUACCAUGAAAACGGGCAUGGGCGAUUGAAUGAAGUUAGUCUAGUUUUAAUUGAGCGUUCGGUCUUGGAGGGAAGAAUCUUCGAGAGUUCACUGAAUCUUGUUUUGGCGCCAUCGGAAAAAUUUCACCCAUGAAAUUUAAUGUCAGCACUGAGAAAGAAAAAAACAUGGGAGAAUAUUUGGAGUAUACGUUUUUUGUGCUAAGAAGAAUUUACAAUUAGGAUUUGGGAAACAAAACUCGGGAAAACUAUUGCAAUAUGUAGGUACAGCAGUACAGUAAACGCAUGUUGAAGCAGAACUAUAAUGGGUUGAAAAAGUGAUUCAUCUUUCAGAGGUAUUGUUUUGCGCUUGAUUUUAGAUUAGAUGAUCCCUCUGGGGCGGGAAGAAAGCAUUAGUGAAAACAGAGAGUAGGGGAUCCUCUCACCCAUGUUUUCUAUUGAUUUCUUCGUUCACGUUGGUGCUUUUUGUGUGAUGAGCCUGCAUUGAAAGGAUCUCUUUCUGAUAUUGAUUCAGUCAUGCGUGUUUUCAUCAUCAGCGAAGUAAAAUUUGAUGGUUUUUUUCUAAUUGUUGAAGAAUUAGGAAGAGAUUCGUCCUAGAAUUCCCAUGAAAUUUCAGUUGCAUUAUUUUUAAAGUAUUGUACUGUACAUCCGUAGGAAACCAACUCACAUGACCAGGAGAAAAUUUCUGUACCGUACCAGAAAAAAUGUUGAAGCAUCUGAUUUUGUGCAGCACAAAAUUGCUGAAUUUAUGAAACUCUAGUAAGAAUUUCAGUACAAUAUGUUGGAACAUUUCAGAAAUUCAAUGGCGGAAUGUGGGAGACGGCAGGGUUGUGUGUGCUGGAUGCCUUUUGUGGACCAGAACCCAGUUCUCUACAUUCCCCUCAAUUCCUGUGCAAUAUUUUUUAUUUAUUUAAAACUUUGACGAAAUUCAACCCGAAUAGUCUACGCACGUUUCACUGGUGUUUAGUGACGCGUUGUUUGUUGCAAAUUGCUGUGAUAUCUUGUUUGAAUCUCACUGAAUUGCUGUGCACAAAAAAAACCAUGCGUUGUUAAGUAAAGGAGGAAUGGAUCAA